AUGGAUACUGAAAAAUAAUCUCAACAAUAACAAGAGUCACUAUUAACUAAUUGUAAAUAAUAUAUAGGAAGAAGAAUAGAAUGCUAAUAACAAUAUGCAACUAUAUUAUAUAGUGGCCCUUUAAUACAUGAAGGGAAACCUUAAAACAGUGAUAAAUAAUUAUGGUUUGGGGUUUAAUGGGAUGACGAAACAAGAGGUAAACAUAAUGGUUUAGUUUCUAAUAUCUAAUAUUUUUAAACUUAGGAUAAUAAAAACUCAGGUAGCUUAUUAAAAUACGAAAAAGUUAAUCUUGGAAUAAGCAUUUUAGAUGGAGUUUUGAUAAAAUACUUUAAAAAAAGUAUAUAAUAAAUUUUUAAUAAUUCCGAAAAUAAUAAUAAAACUAAAUAAGAAAAAGAAAAUGAUUAAAAAAAUAAUUUAAAUAUUGAAAACAUAAUUAAAAAACAAAUCUAAGUCGAAUUUGACUAAGAUGCCUAUUUCGAGACUUUCAAAAAACAUAAAAAGAUGGUCGAAUUUUAUGGUUUUGAUAAAAUUUGGGAAAGACUAAGUAAAAUAGCAGAGUUAAAAGAGAUUUCUUUACAAGAAGUGAGCAUUUCUGAUUUAGAAAGGGAAAAUUACUUAAAUACUCUUUUAAAAAACAUAGAGACUUUAUCCUUAGAAAAGAAUUUGCUUUAUGAUUGGAAUUAAAUAUAUUAAAUAGGAAACGAGUUAAAAAAUUUAAAAAGCUUAUCGAUUUCAAGCAAUUAUUUAAGUGAACCUUAAGAUUUAUAAAAAAAUGAAGUUUAGAAUAUUAUUUAUAUUAAUAAUAAUAGUAUUUUAGAUAAAAGUCCUAUUGGGAUUUUUAAUAAUUUAAAGACUUUAAUAGUUAUUGAUUGUAGGUUAAAUUGGAAGUUAAUUUGUAAAGUUUUACCUGCUUUUUAAAAUUUGGAAGAACUAUAUUUAUGUAAAAAUGAUAUGAGAGAUUUCUAAAAUAUAAGAUUAGGAAAUAACGAAAAUGAAAACUUAAAAAAUUUGAAAUUUUUGAAUUUGGAAAAUACAGAAAUCGAAGAUUUAGAAGGUUUAAAGGAGAAAAUUCUCUAUAAAUUAUAGAAUUUAUAAAAGAUUAUUUUAAAUAAAAAUAAAAUUAAAUUAAUAGGAAAACUUCAAUAUCCAAUAUAAAAUAUUACACAUAUUUCUUUAGAAUAAAAUUUAGUGGAAAAUCCAAUUAUUUUAACUGAACUUUCUUAGUUUUAAAACUUAUAAUAUUUAAAUGUUAAGCAUAACCCUAUUUCAGAAAAAUAUGGAUCUUCCUAUAUUAGAUAGAGAGCAGUAGCUGAAAAUUAGAAUCUUUAAAUUAUUAAUGGCUGUAUUUUAAAAAAAUAUGAAAGAAAAGAUUAUGAAAUUUUUUAUUUGAGAAAAACAUUCGAUGAUUUCUUCAAAUUAUUCGAUUAAGUCUAUUAUAAAUAUGACUAUGAAAAAUUCCUUGAAUGGUCAAGAAAAGAGCAUCCUAAUCAUGAAAUAUUACUUAAAAAAUAUGGAAAUCCUUAUGAAAUUUAAGCUAAUGAACCCUAAAAUAUUACUGAAGAUUAAGGGCCAAAAAAUAUAAUGAUUUCCCUUAAAAUUAUGGCUGCGGCAGGGCCUUAAUUAGGAAAACCAGAAAAAGUUAAAAAAUUCCCUGAAAAUACUUCUGUUUUGAGUAUUAAGAAUGUACUUUCAAAACUCUAUGGAAUACAAAGUGAUGAAAUGAUUAUUUAUUAUAAAGUUAAUUAACAUGAUCCUAAUGAAAUUCUUGAUGAAGAACAUAAAGCUAUAGGAUUUUAUGGUAUUAAAAAUAAUAGUGUUAUUAUUAUAGAUAAGAAAUGA